AUGGAGCUCCCAGACGCUUCCCCGGGAGGCCAGGCUGGGUCCCCGGGCUCCGUCCUCCACGCCCCUCCUCCUCCCGGGACGGCCACAGCACCCAGCAGGGCCCUCGAGUGGCUCCAGGCCGCGGUCGCCAACGGGGCUGUUCCUACCGAUCCUGGAUCGAGCGGCCGCCUGAGGCUGGCUGUGCUGCCUGAGGACCGGCUACAGAUGAAGUGGAGGGAGUCGGAUGGGAGCAGCCUUGGCUACCUGGUCCAGGUGAAGCCCAUGGCAGGGGACGCGGAACAGGAGGUGAUGCUGACCACCAAGACCCCCAAGGCCACGGUGGGGGGCCUGAGCCCCUCCAAGGGCUACACCGUGCAGAUCUUCGAGCUCACCGGCUCAGGGAACGCCCUGCUGGCGCAGAGGGAGUUUGUGAUCGAGGAUUUGAAGAGUCACUCUGGGAGCAGGAGCGACCAGAAGCCCCUGGGGGCCGCCCCGGAGCCCACGCCCCCCGACGUGGGGUGCCCGGACCCUGAGCCCCUGGGCACCUCGUCCCCAAGCCAAGACCCGCCCACCCUCGCUGGUUCAGACUGGGGCAAGGCCGGACCCCAGUUCCGCUGCACACCCCCCAGCCCCGUGGACAUGAUCUUCCUGGUGGACGGGUCCUGGAGCAUCGGCCACAGUCACUUCCAGCAGGUCAAAGAUUUCCUGGCCAGCGUCAUCGAGCCCUUUGAAAUCGGGCCAAGUAAAGUCCAAGUCGGCUUGACUCAGUACAGCGGAGACCCCCAGACCGAGUGGGACCUCAACGCCCUCCGCACCAAGGAGGACGUGCUGGCAGCUGUCCGCCGUCUGCGCUACAAAGGGGGAAACACGUUCACCGGCCUGGCGCUGACGCACGUGCUCGAGCACAACCUGCGGCCCGCAGCGGGGCCCCGGCCUGAGGCCACCAAGGUGCUGAUCCUGGUGACAGACGGCAAAUCCCAGGACGAUGCCCGCGCCGCUGGCCGCAUCCUCAAGGACCUGGGUGUUGCCAUCUUUGCUGUGGGUGUGAAGAACGCGGACGAGGCUGAGCUGCAGCUCCUGGCGUCCCAGCCACUGGACAUCACCGUCCACAACGUGCAGGACUUCCCGCAGCUCGGCACCUUGGCCGGCUUGCUCGGCCGCCUCAUCUGCCAGAAGGUCCAGGGCGGGAGCAGGGACCCGGCCCGGCCGGCAGCAGCCACCCCCGCCCUGGACACCCUCUUCACUCCCAGCAGCCUGCUGUUGACCCAGGUGACCUCCUCCAGCGCCCACCUGUCCUGGACUCCAGCCGCCCAGCUGCCCCUCAAGUAUCUGAUCGUGUGGCGGCCCUCGAGGGGUGGCCCGCCCCGGGAGGUGGUGGUGGACGGGCCCACCUUGUCCGCGGAGCUGCACAACCUGGCCGCCGGCACGGAGUACUCGGUGUCUGUGAUCCCCGUCGGCAAGGCCGGGGUCGGCGAGGGCCUGCGGGGCCUGGUGACCACAGCGCCUCUGCCCCCGCCCCAGGCGCUGACCGUGGCUGCGGUGACACCCAGAACCAUCCGCCUCACCUGGCGGCCCUCGGCCGGGGCCACACAGUACCUGGUGCGAUGCCUGCCAGCCUCCCCUGCGGGCCAGGAGGAGGGCAGAGAGGUGCGGGUGGGGCAGCCCGAGGUGCUGCUGGACGGCCUGGAGCCUGGCAGGGACUACGAUGUCCGGGUGCAGAGCUUGCAGGGCACAGAGGCCAGCGAGGCCCGGGGCGUCCGCGCCAGGACCUCCACCCUGGCGCCCCCCAGACACCUGGGCUUCUCGGAUGUGAGUCACGACUCCGCACGCGUGUUCUGGGACGGCCUCCCGAGGCCCGUCCGCCUGUUCAGGGUCAGCUUUUUCUCCAGCGACGGCAGCCACUCGGGGCAGGUGGAGGUUCCCGGGAAUGCCACCUCGGCCUCUCUGGGCCCUCUGUCCUCCUCCACCACGUAUGCUGUCCGUGUCACCUGCCUCUACCCUGGGGGCGGCUCCUCCACGUUGACCGGCCACCUGACCACACGGAAGGUCCCUAGCCCCAGCCAGCUCGUGGUGACCAGGCUCCCCGGGGACGAGGCUCGGCUGCAGUGGGCGGCAGCUUCCGGAGUGCUCGUCUAUCAGAUCAAGUGGACACCCCUGGGAGACGGGAAGGCCCACGAGGUCUCUGUCCCCGGGAGCCGGGCCAUGGCAGUCCUACCUGGCCUGCGAAGCCACCUGGAGUACGACAUCACCAUCCUGGCCUACUACAGGGACGGGGCCCGCAGCGACCCGGUGUCCCUGCGCUACAGCCCCCCGCGCCGCAGCCCGCCGUCUGACCUGACCCUGGCUUCCGAGUCGCCCAACAGCCUGCGAGUCAGCUGGACGCCCCCGAGCGGCCCCGUCCUCCACUACCGGCUCACCUAUGCGCUGGCCUCGGGCUCGGGACCCGAGAAGUCGAUCUCUGUCCCAGGACCCAGGAGCCACGUGACACUGCCCGACCUGCUGGCAGCCACCAAAUACAGGGUCCUGGUCUCGGCCGUCUACGGAGCAGGGGAGAGUCCGACAGUGUCUGCCACAGGCCGGACCGCAGCCUGCCCUGCGCUCAGCCCUGACAGCCCCCUCCCAGGCUUCGACCUCAUGAGGGCCUUCGGGCUGGUGGAGAAGGAGUACGCCUCCGUCCGCGGCGUCGCCAUGGAGCCCUCGGCUUUCGGCCGCGCCAGGACCUUCACCAUCCUCAGGGACGCCCAGCUGAGCCGCCGGGCCAGUGCCCCCCACCUGGCUGCGCCCCCGCCCGAGCACACGGUGGUCUUCCUCCUGCGUGUGCUGCCCGAGACCCCCCGGGAGACCUUUGCGCUGUGGCAGAUGACGGCCGACGACUUCCAGCCCGUCCUGGGCGUCCUGCUGGACGCGGGCAGGAGGUCUCUGACCUACUUCCACCACGACCGCACGGCCGCCUUGCAAGAGGUCACCUUUGACCUGCCCGAAGUGAAGAGGAUAUUCUUCGGAAGCUUCCACAAGGUGCACGUGGCCGUGGGCCGCUCCAAGGUCGGGCUGUACGUGGACUGCAGGAAGGUGGCCGAGAGGCCCAUCGGGGAGGCGGGCAGCCCGCCUGCCGCCGGCUUCAUGAUGCUGGGGAGGCUGGCCAAGGCGCGCGGGCCCCGGAGCAGCUCCGCAUCAUUCCAGCUCCAGAUGCUGCAGAUCGUGUGCAAUGACUCCUGGGCAGACGAAGACGUGUGCUGCGAGCUCCCUGCGUCGAAGGACGGAGAGACCUGCCCGGCCUUCGCGUCUGCCUGCACCUGCGCCUCGCAGACCCCCGCGCUCCCGGGGCCCCAAGGACCUCCGGGCCUCCCUGGAAGGAACGGAGCCCCAGGAGAGCGGGGCUUCCCGGGGCCCAGGGGAGAGCCUGGGCCACCCGGACAGAUGGGACCAGAGGGUCCUGGAGGUCAGCAGGGCUCGCCAGGGACCCAGGGCCGGACUGUGCAGGGACCUGUGGGCCCGCCGGGGGUCAAAGGAGAGAAGGGGGACCAUGGGCUCCCGGGCCUGCAGGGCCACCCCGGUCACCAGGGCGCCCCCGGGAAGGUCGGCCUCCAGGGACCAAAGGGAAUGAGAGGCCUGGAGGGGAGCGCUGGCCUGCCUGGACCCCCCGGCCCGAGGGGCUUCCAGGGCAUGGCGGGAGCCAGGGGCACCGCAGGGGAGAGAGGCCCCCCGGGGGCCGUGGGGCCCACGGGGCUGCCGGGACCCAAAGGGGAGCGAGGAGAGAAGGGCGAGCCACAGUCCCUGGCCACCAUCUCCCAGCUGCUGAGCCGGGUCUGCGAGUCUGCCAUCCAGACUCACGUGCUGAAGCUCCACUCCUUCCUCCACGAGAGCGCCAGGCCCCCCCGGCCCAUCUUGGAGGCGCCCAAGCUCCCUGGACGAGGAGGACAGGACAGUCCCCGCCCCGAGGACAGAGGCGAGCCCAGAACCCUCGGUCCCAUGGGCAGCCCUCGGCCGAAAGGGAGCGAGCCUCCAAGACCCCUGACAGGAACGGGACGGCCCCCGUGCUCCCCACAGUGAGCCUGCACCCCUCCCCAGCCUCCAGCACCAAGACGUCCCGGGACGACCUGGAGCGAAAGGAGGGCGGUGGGGAGCCCUUCCUCUGUACGCUUUCCGCACUCAGAUAAACCGCCGCAUG